AUGGCCGCUGCGUCGCAAAAGAUCGUCAAGACAGCCGCCAAGCUUGGUUCAGAAUUAGUAUCAACACUCAAACCCACCGUGCACGGAGUUCCAUCUGCCAGCGCAGUCCUCCACCGCUCACUGAAAAGCGCGCCACCACAUGUGGUAUCAGCAAAGGGCAAACAUCUCACAUUUUCUGAUGGCCGAACCAUCCUGGAUUCAACAUGCGGCGCAGCAGUAGCGUGCAUAGGAUCGAACAAUGAACGAGUCAAGAAAGCCAUGGUUGAGCAAAUUGACAAGUUUGCCUAUUGCAACUCUAUGUUCUUUGGCCACGAGAUUGGGGAGAAGCUUGCUGAUGAACUCAUUGACGGCACGGGCGGUGCCAUGUCGAAAGCGUACAUAAUGUGCUCAGGCUCCGAGGCUAUGGAAUCCGCAAUGAAGAUGGCACGACAGUAUUUCAUGGAGUUGACUCCUCAACAGCCAAAACGGAUCAAUUUCAUUGCCAGAGAAGGAUCAUACCAUGGUACAACUCUCGGCUCGCUGUCAAUGAGUGGGCAUGUCGCGCGGCGGAGUCUUUUCCUCGAUAUGCUGCUUCCGAACAUAUCCAGAGUGUCGGCUUGCAACCCGUACCGUGGUAUGAGCGAGGGUCAGACCGAGCAGGAAUACGUCACUCAACUGGCCGAUGAGCUGGACCAGAAAUUUCAAGAGCUUGGCCCCAAUUCUGUAUGCGCAUUUGUCGCAGAGCCUGUUGUUGGUGCGACUCUGGGUUGCAUUCCAGCUCUGCCUGGAUAUUUCAAGGCCAUGAGAAAAGUUUGUGACAAGUAUGGCGCCCUGCUUAUUUUAGAUGAAGUCAUGUCCGGCAUGGGCCGCUGCGGCUCCUUGCAUGCGUGGCAACAAGAGGGAGCUAUCCCCGAUAUCCAGACACUGGCUAAAGGCCUCGGCGGCGGCUAUGCGCCGAUGGCUGGUAUGCUCAUCAACCACCUCGUGGCUGAUGCUCUCAAGAACGGAAGCGGCUCAUUCUCACAUGGACAUACUUAUCAAGGCCAUCCUGUCGGAUGCGCUGCCGCUCUUGAGGUCCAGCGGAUCAUCAGGGAAGAGGAUCUCGUUGCAAACGUUCGAAAACAAGGCGCUCUGCUUGAGGAGCGGUUGCGGCACUACCUAGAUGAUCACCCUCAUGUUGGUAACAUCCGAGGCAAGGGCCUCUUUUGGGGAAUCGAAUUCGUCAUGGACAAAAACACAAAAGAACCUUUCCCAAGAUCUGAGGAUAUCGCGAACAAAACUCACCUUGUCGGAUUCAACGACUUUGGUAUCAGCUUGUAUCCAGGUAUGGGAACAAAAGAUGGUAUCCUGGGCGAUCAUGUCCUUCUCGCGCCUGCAUACACCAGCACAAGCGAGGAGAUUGAGGAAAUCGCGUCGAGAACUCGAGACACUGUCUUGCGGGUCUUCGAGAGCAUUGGCCUUGCCAACCGCAUUUGA